GGCCCUGAGUGGACGCGCGCCAUCAUCGUCACCGCACAGCAUCCCGCAAAGCCUAGCGUAGUAGCGUCAGCGUAGAGACAGAGGGCGAGAUGGCGGCAGCGGGCGGCGGCGGCGAGAGGUGGAGCCUCGCCGGCGCGACGGCGCUGGUCACCGGCGGGAGCAAGGGGAUCGGGCACGCCAUCGUGGAGGAGCUGGCGGGGCUCGGCGCGCGCGUGCACACGUGCUCCCGCAACGCGGCGGAGCUGGAGGAGUGCCGCCGCCGGUGGGCCGACAAGGGCCUGCGGGUCACCGUCUCCGCCUGCGACGUCGCCGCGCGGGCCGACAGGGAGAGGCUCAUGGGCACGGUCAGGGACGCCUUCGCCGGCAAGCUCGACAUCCUCGUGAACAACGCGGCGCAGGCGAUGGCCAAGCCGGCGGUGGAGUGCACGGCGGAGGACUACUCCGGCGUCAUGGCCACCAACCUGGAGUCGUGCUUCCACAUCAGCCAGCUCGCGCACCCUCUCCUCCGGAACUCCGCCGUCGCCGGCGGGGCAAGCAUCGUGCACAUCUCCUCCAUCGCUAGCUUUCAGGGCUAUCCAGGGGUCGUGCUCUACAGCAUGGCCAAAGGAGGAAUGAACCAGCUAACAAGAAGCCUGGCUGCCGAGUGGGCCCGCGACAAGAUUCGUGUGAACUGCGUCGCACCAGGCCUAGUCAUGACUGACAUGACAAAAGAGGUGGACAUGGAAAUCGUGGAGCAAUAAUUUUUGCCGAAAGUUCCAUUGCGCCGGACCGGGGAGCCGGCGGAGAUCGCAUCCGUGGUGGCGUUCUUGUGUAUGCCGGCGGCCUCCUAUGUCACCGGCCAAGUCAUCUGCGUCGAUGGCGGCAGAACCAUAGGCGCCUGAGCUGUUUGUUUUCAAGAUAAUAGAAAUUCAGUCGCGCAUUAUUAUUAUGCCAUGGACGACACAAUAAAGGUACUGGCAGAAUUGUUUUUGGAAAAGGAAAACUUUAUUGAUUUCAAAGAAGAUACAUCCAAGAAACUGAAUGAUGGUUCCAAUAUAAAAAUA